AUGACACCACUGAAGUUUGCUUUUUAUCUGACUUAUCUGUUCUUAGGGAGUUCAGCUCAGACGACGAAUCUGAAAUCAUCUGUAUCAGUCCGUCAAGACAGUGGGUUUUUUCAGGCUAAUACUGGGGAAAACAUGACUUUGCAGUGUUUCUAUGAAGGUGAUGCUGUGAUGUUUUACUGGUAUAAACAAACUUUAGGACAGAAACCAAGGCUCAUUUCUACCUUCUAUAAACAUGAUGAAAGUGGCACCUUUCGUAACGAAUUCAUGAACAAUCCUCGUUUCACACUAAAAACAGGAAACGGUAAUAAUCACUUGACAAUCUCGGAUUUGCAAAUUUCAGAUUCAGCCACUUACUACUGCAUAGGUUGCUAUGCUUAUGAUUUUGAAUUUGUAGAGGGCGCUACCAUCAGUGUAAAUGGUUCAGGUUUGAACAUCCAGGCUUUGGUCCAUCAGUCAGAAUCUGAGACCAUCCAGCCAGGAGGCUCUGAGACUCUCAACUGUACAGUACACACUGGGACCUGUGAUGGAGAACACAGUUUUUACUGGUUCAAAAACUCAAACUCUCAAAAAAAAGAAUCUAAUGCAGGACUUAUUUACACCCAUGGAGACAGAAAUGAUCAGUGUGAGAGGAAACCUAACACACAAACACACACCUGUGUCUACAACUUGCCAAUGAAGAAUCUGAAUCUUUCUCAUGCUGGGACCUACUACUGUGCUGUUGCCUCAUGUGGACACAUACUGUUUGGAAACGAGAAAAAGCUGGGCUUGAAGAAUAAGCAAGACUCUCUUAACCUGGUGUAUUUCUUAAGUGGAGCUUUGGCAUUCACCACCAUCCUGGCUGUUUUACUGACAUAUGCAGCAUAUACCAUGAAAAACAGGAACAGCUGUCCAUGUACAGACUCUCAAGUAAGAUCUUCACUUGCCUCAACUCCAAAUACAGAGGGUUACCAAGAUUCAGACAACCUCCAUUAUGCUGCCUUGAGGAAACAUAAGGUCAACAGGUCAACGAAACACAGGGACAACACACAAAGUGAAUGUGUGUACUCCACUGUAAGGCAGUAAAGCUGGAUGUAUGUCAUUUGUACUCUGUUCCUGUAUGAGAGAAAGUGAUUUUCUAAUGUCUACCAAGCUUGAUGAUGCAAUUAUUUUUAAGUGGGAGCAUGGUUAUCAGAUUUUACCAGUGUAUAAUGAAUGCAAUGCUUGGUCUUGGAAUAAACUGAUAAAACAAGUGCUUUCAGCAGCCAGGUUUCUUCAACACGGUGUGAUCUAUGUUGUCAGAAGCGCUAUUUUUAGUCCAUGCUAGCUAGUC